AUGGGUCCGCGGCUGAGCAGCGAGGGUCCGAGCAGCCACGUGCCCGGACACAGAAGACAGGACUCGGAGGCCGCAAUCGACACAAUCAAGCCCGGGCCGGCUCGGCCGUCUGACUCCGGACCUGUCACCUGGAUGUCACUGCCGCGGAAGGAUCAGCUGUUCAUCCUCUUCCUGUGUCGCUUUGCGGAUUUUCUCCAGAUUGCGUCCAUGCAGACGUAUGUGUACCACCAACUGAAAAGCCUUGACGAGCAUUUAUCCGAUGCUCAGAUCUCCAACCAAGCCGGUAUACUCCAGGGGGGUUUUACCGGCGCCCAGGUCCUGACUGCCGUGCUCUGGGGCAGGGCGGCAGAUGCCAGUUGGUGCGGCAGGAAGAGAGUCGUGCUGAUUGGUAUUCUGGGGACGGCCGUUUCGUGCCUUGGCUAUGGCUUCGCAACGAGCUUCGGCUCGGCGUUGUUUUGGCGUGUCUUUGGCGGAGCCAUCAAUGGCAUUGUUGGGAUAAUACGCACUAUGGUCUACGAAAACACGAUUGAAAAGAAAUAUCAGUCCAGGGCGUUCCUGAUUCUUCCGCUCAGCUUCAACGUCGCAGGCGUAUUAGGUCCCAUCAUGGGCGGGUGGCUUGCGGACCCUGCCUCAACUCUCCCUGGACUCUUUGGACCCGGCGGCCGUUUCGAAUGUGAUCUAGUCAAGGCUUACCCUUACGCCUUGCCAAGCAUAACGAACGCGGUCAUCUUGGCCCUUGUUGGAUGCAUUGUCGCUCUGGCACUUGAGGAGACAGGCGAGUUCAAAGGGAGGUUUGAUCUGGGCUUGCACGUGGCGGCGAAGAUCAGACGUGCCAUAUGCGGAGGAACUGCAGACGACGGCUACUCGCCAGUGCCAGAUAACGACGCUGCUGCUGAUAUUCAGCUGCAACGGGCCAAGGAGAAGAUGGAGGCUACCUCCUCAACACCUCACCGUGGUGAACGCUCCGGGCCUAAGCUUCCCUUCAACCGCAUAUUCACGCGGAACCUGUGCCUGACGCUCGCCGCGACAGCCUUUUACGACUUCCAUCUCGGCGCAUUCACCAACAUGUGGACUCUGUUUCUUACCACCCCGCGGCAUAGCGCAGACGGAAUGACAGCGCGGCGCUCUCUCACAUCGGGCCUCAUGGGCGGUGGUCUGGGCAUGCCGGCGCCGACGCUCGGCUUCGCGACGUCGAUUUUGGGGUGGCUUGGCAUGCUACUACAGAUAUGCCUGUACCCUCCCGUAAACGCUCGCCUGGGAACGCUAAAGUGUUUCCAGUGGUUCCUUCUCCUUUUCCCUCUCCAGUACCUGCUGACGCCCUACCUUGCGGUCUUGCCCUCGGAUACCAAUCCACCCGGCGCGGCAUCCGGUCCGUUUGUGUGGACGGGGAUCGUGUUGAUAUUGCUGAUCCACACGGCGGCCAGGACAAUGACGCUGCCGGCGAGCAUCAUCCUGGUCAACAACGCAUCUCCCCACCCCAGCGUUCUUAGUACUGUGCAUACUCUUGGGCAAAGUGUCUCUGCGGGAUUCAGGACGGUAGGGCCCGUCGUGGGAGGGUACUGGUACGGCAAAAGCUUGGACCGGGGGGUGGUGGGUGCGAGUUGGUGGGCUGUGGCUGCAAUGUCGGCCAUGGGCUGGGCGACGGCGACGCUCUGUAGAGAAGGGAGUGGGCACGACAUUUAUCUCGAGGGAGACGAAAAGGGAGCAUAG